GACUGACUGGAAUCAAAAUGGCGUUAUUUGUCUGAGUUGUGGGAUAUCUUUACUCAGUUUUGUUUCUCAAUUUUCAACCGUUCUUUUGACACUGUUGAGCAGCAUGCACGCAUAAAAUACCAGGAGAGUAACAUACUGGGCAUUCAGUAACCAUGUCAAAAGCACAGAAUAAAGACUCCUUGAAGGAUAAACUUAAGGGGCUGCUUUGGUUUGCCCCACCCAAGUACAACCCUAAAACAUCUGAUGAAAAGUCUCUGGACAUAAUUAUAACGGAAGAGGUGUUGAAGGAGCUGAAUGCAGAGUGUGGGCUGAAUAACCGAAUUAGAACUGUAAACCAAGUGCGAGAACUAGCAAAAUGCAAAAAAUUUGAAACCCAUGCUGUGGAGGCAGUAUAUGUGGCUGUUGCAGACAUGCUAUACCCUGACCAACCUGCAGAAGCCAGACAUGCAGUUCUCCAGCUGCUGACUGCAAUAAUUAAUGGACAGGGGGAACGACUGGGAGUCCUACGUGCAUUUUUCUUUAAUGUUAUUAAAGAUUAUUCCAUAAAUGAAGACUUCCAGGAAAGGCUAGAAGUUUUUAAAGCUCUUACAGAAAAUGGAAAAGACAUCAUUUAUUUAGAAGAUGAUAUAGCUCAGUUUGUCUUGCAGUGGAUGAAUGAAGGCCUUACAGCAGACUUUCUUCAAAUUCUUGUCAACCUGGUGAAAUUCAACAGUUGUUACUUGGAUCAGCACAUCACUCACAUAGUCCACAAGAUCUGCUUACUCUGUAACCGAACGACAUCCUCAACUGAUAUCGAGGUUUCACUACAAGUGCUAGAUGUUGUAGUUCGCUAUAGCUGUCUGCCUUCAGAGUCCCUACAUGAGUUCAUCAGUACUCUGUGUCGCACAGUUAACGUAAAGGAGUUCUGCGUUUCUUGCUGGAAGCUGAUGCGCAACGUACUUGGGACUCACUUGGGGCAUAGUGCCAUUUACGAAAUGUGCCAUAUCAUGGAAGAAAGAAACUAUAUGGAUGAUUCUCCUUUGCUAAGAGGGGCAGUGUUCUUCGUUGGGAUGGCUCUCUGGGGAGCUCAUCGGGUUAAUUAUCUCAAGAAUACACCAACAUCAGUAUUACCUUCUUUCUUAAAGGCUUUGACCUGUCCAAAUGCUGUGGUAUCCUACGAAAUAGUACUGUCCAUAACUAGAUUAAUUAAGAAAUAUGGUCGGGAUCUGACUGUGGUGACUUGGGAUAUUCUUCUUGAAAUAAUUGAAAAACUACUUCAACAACUUCAGACUCUGAAUAGUCCAGAGCUAAAGACUGUUGUCCAUGAAUUGCUGUCUACUGUGGAAGAGUUAUAUGAACAGAAAGGUUACCAUGGCUCAGAAGAGAAGUUUUUUGGGAUAAUCGAGGGCUGUGCUGAUCAAAGAAUGGAAACUUCCGUCUUAACCUUGAUAUCCUACCGAGCUCAGUCUGUUCAUCCUGCAAAAGAUGGUUGGAUCCAGGCAUUACAUAAAUUAAUGGACAGAUUUUUCAGGUCAGAGAGUCGAAGUACAAUUCGUGUUGAUGUCUUGAAGGUUCUCUCCUUUGUGUUGAGUAUCAACAGGCAACUUUAUGAGGAGGAGUUGAUUGAAUCUGUGGUGAUUCCACAGCUGAGUCACAUUACAGAAGAUAAGGAUCACCUUGUUCGGAAACUUGCUACUCAGUUACUUGUUGAUUUAGCUGAAGAGUGUAGUAAUCACCACCUCAGCAACCUGCUUGAUGUCCUUGAAAAGGUAAUCAGUCAUCCCUUGCAUAGUCCUCUUACUGUGGAAACAGGAGACAAAGAUGUACAUUCUGUGAUGCCAUUUGAAGAUGUGAAAGUGGCUGUUUCGGGUCUUCUUGAUAUUCUUCAGAUAAAGUUGUUCAGUCUGCCUGCUAGUCAUGCCAGCCGAGUCUACGAUUUGCUUAUAUGUCACAUGCAGUCUCACUACAAAAACAUGUACUGCUCUUCCACUGCCAACAGCGUCCGACUCAAGGUAUUUGAGUUUCUUCUCUGUCUUCGGGCUGACUCCCUCCAUCGACUUGGAAUUCCAAGCAAGAAUGGUGCACUGAGAUUUAGUCCCUACUGUCUUUGUGAAUUGGGGAGUGAAUCAGAGAAGCGUGUCACUGAGAAGAAACCUCCUGGUACUGGCUCUCCUCCUGCAGGAAGUUUGUCUGCCUCAUCCCAGGCUAACACAAUUCGUAUGGGCUACUUGCCAUAUUCACAAAUCUUCAAUUUAUUUUUAUUGUGCCUCAGACUGGAGGAAGAUUGGAAAGUAUUAAAAAUUGUUUUGGAUAAGCUGCCUGAGACGCUACAGAAUAAAGUUCUCAUCUUAACAUCUCCAUGUAACAUAGACCAACUCUGCACAGCUCUUUGCGUGAUGGUUACAGAUCGCACAAUUUCCGACAGGUUACGUGGAACACCUGAUGGAUUCUCCCGCACUGACAUACAGCUGGCCGUUGUACCAGUACUUACAGCUUUAACAUCCUAUCACAAUUAUUUGGACCAAGUUAGACAACGUGAGCUGAUACAGUGCCUGGAGGCUGGUUUGAUUUAUCGUUGUGCAAAGCAGUGUGUGGUUGCACUAACAAUGUGUACAAUUGAGAUGCCAGACAUCAUGAUGAAAUUACUUCCUGCAUUGAUUGUCAUGCUGACUCACAUAUCUGCUACCGUCACCAUGGCAUCACCUAUGUUAGAGUUUCUGUCAACUCUGGUCCGACUGCCUCAUCUUUAUGCUAACUUUGUGGCUGAACAUUACGUCAGUGUUUUUGCCAUUUCCCUUCCUUACACCAAUCCAUUCAAGUUUAAUCAAUAUAUUGUUUCAUUGGCCCACCAUGUGAUUGCGAUGUGGUUCAUAAGGUGUCGUCUGCCCUUUCGGAAAGACUUUGUGCAGUACAUCACUAAGGGCUUGAGAUCAAAUGCUUUACUGCCAUUUGAUGAUACUCAUGAGCAAAGCAGUUUUAGGGGUCGGAGCACCAGCCUAAGUGAACGGCCCAAAAGUUUGAGAACGACUAAAAACAUAAAACAAGGCUUGAAUAACACCUCCCCAGUUAAAGAACUGAAAGAGCUCACCGCAGUUGAUGCCUUCCGGUCCCGCAGCAUCAGUGUAUCUGAACAUGCAGUUCGCAGCAGGAUGCAGGCAUCAAUGACCAGCGCAAGCCUUGGCUCUGCUGAUGAAAGUGCAGUGGCUCAGGCUGAUGACAGCCUUAAAACUGUCCACCUGGAGCUCACAGAGACAUGCUUGGAUAUGAUGGCACGAUAUGUAUUCUCAAAUUUCUCAGCUCUGCCUAAGAGGUCUCCAGUAGCAGAAUUCCUUUUGGCUGGAGGAAGGAGCAUGACAUGGUUGGUGGGGAAUAAGUUGGUAACCAUUACAACGAGCAGUGGCACAGGAACCCGGACACUCUUAGGGCUCGAUUCUUUGAAUCGCCAGAGCUGUGCUGAAAUGACAAGAUCAGAUCCAUCUCUACAAGUCCGACAAACAAAGGAAGCCCCAGCUAAACUAGAAUCUCAGACUGGCCAACAGACUUGCAGGGGUUCGCGUACUAGAGUUCGGUCAAUGUCAGGUGGCCAUGCACUUCGAGCUGGUGCUGUUGAUAGUUUAAGCCCUUUAAUUUCUCCUUCUGAUAAUGAGUUCUGUGGUCCGAUGGGUCAGGGAAUCGAAGCUGCUGCAAUAUUUAGAUCACAGUCAACUGUUCCUGCUGUGUCUGCUCUUCAAAAAGAAAAGACAAACUUAGCUGACUACACCCCAGUUUUGACACAGGGCUGGGCAGAAAUUGUUGUUCGCAGGCCAACAGGUAAUACCAGUUGGCUAAUGUGUCUGGAAAAUCCACCUAGCCCUUUUUCCUCUGAUGUUAGCAGCAUGCCCUUGCAAGAGCUUUCUAAUGUAUUGAUGACCCUGGAGAAAUUAAAGGAACGCAGAGAAACAGAGCUGCAUAAAUCUUUCUCAGAACCAUGUCCAAAUGUGGCCCAUAGCAUCCCUAAAGCCUCUUUGCUUCAGCGUUCUAAUACAGUGGCCUCUUUCUGUUCCAUGUCCCAGUCCAGUUGUCGAGAAAAGUUGCACAGGAGCAUAUCCUGGGCAGAAUCAGUUGUGGUUGUGGAGGAAAAGAACCAGUCUGAGAUGCAUUUUGAAGAAAGGGGCUUUCCACCCGAUUCCCAGUAUAUUGAAGACUUUGAGCCUUCAUACACUGAUAUCUCAGUCAGUGAAGAAAGGAAUGCCAAAUCCCAGAAAACUGUCAGUAGGUCAUCUUCAGUAUCAAGCCAAGAAGACAAUACUACCCAGUCUGAAGACUUGGACAGUGUAAGUAUUUCUGUUGAGAAUACAAUUUUUCCAGCCUCUGAAGACAUUACAGAGGAUUUGUCUUUUCAACCUGUUCCAACUCAAGACAAGUCGCACUGUUUACCAGAAUUCCAGGUAGUGCGAGAAGCUAUGAAAGAAGAAAAUGGAAAAAAUAUUAUUGGGAGGCCUGCUGCUGAAGAAAAGCUAAAAGUGGAGGCUGGAAAUAAGGAAGUUGAGGGCUUGACAAAUGGGUCUGCUGCAAAGACAGAAGGGGUUAGCGGAAAUAGAUUAGAAUGCCCAUCACAUGCACACGUUCCUCAGUCACCCUCUGGGCAUCGACCACGGGGGCACACUAUCUCAGUGUCUGCACCAUCACGAAGAGGAAAGAAAGCAGAAAGUGACACAUUUAGCAACAGACUAGGAGCCUCUAAUCAAGAGAAGCUGUCUGGAGUAAGCCCCGGCUUUGUGUUUUUACAGCUGUACCACUCACCUUUCUUUGGAAAUGAAACCAAUAAGCCAGUGUUGUUACCCAAGUCACAGUUGAUCGACAGAGCUGUGAAGGUUCUAGACCAGAUGCCUCCAUAUGACACCCACAAGAUAGGGGUUGUUUAUGUUGGUGAAGGGCAGAUAAACAAUGAAGUGGCAAUUCUGGCCAAUGAAUACGGCUCCUUCAGGUAUGCACAGUUCCUGACAGGGCUUGGAAAGUUAAUAUAUCUAAAAGACUGUGACCCUGACCAGAUUUUCCUUGGAGGUUUGGAUCAGUAUGGAGAUGAUGGCCAGUUUACCUACUGUUGGCAUGAUGACAUCAUGCAAGCUAUUUUUCAUAUAGCCACUUUGAUGCCAAACAAAGACUCUGACAGAGGGUGCUGCAAUAAGAAGAGACACAUUGGGAAUGAUUUUGUUAUUGUGGUUUACAAUGAUUCUGGUGAAGAGUACAAGCUGGGAACGAUCAAGGGUCAGUUUAACUUUGUUGAAGUUAUUAUUAAGCCAUUGGAUUAUGAAAGUAAUCUGGUUAGACUACAGUGCCGUAAAGAUCUAGAAGGACUAGUGGAUACAAGUGUUGCUAAAAUUGUGUCAGAUAAGAAUCUUCCUCUUCUGGUCCGUCAGAUGGGACUGCAUGCUAAUAUGGCUUCACAGGUCCAUCAGCACCAGGCAAAUCCAUCAGACACCUAUGCUUCAAAGUGGCUGGCACGACUACGGCAAAUCAAAAGGAUCAGAACUAAGGCACAAGAAGAGGCUCAAUCACAUCAGAGUGUAGGAAUCUCCGUGUCUCAGCAACACUCAUCUGUUCAAAGCAAAACAUCUCACCCACAAACACUGCAAGUUACUGGAGCAGAGACUGGACAAAGAAAGCGACUUGUCUCCACAGUUGAUGACUUUACUGAUUUUGUUUAAAGUUAAACCAGGAAAUUCCAAUCACCAGUACACAUUUUCUGUUUGAAUACCCUGUUAAAAGAGGUUGUCUCCUACUUGAGAAGACAGAGCUGGCAGGGUCCUUCGUGCUUUUCUAGUAUUUUUGUACCAUAUCAUGACUGUCCUGCAGAAAUCCCAAAAGAUCUUAAAGACCUUUUGAUUCAGUGUAAAAGGAGCAUCAGACAGAAAAUUUAUUGUGAUUGCUUCCUUGCAGCAUUGAUUUUGUGUUCAUAUCAUUAGGGUGUGGUAUUCCUGCAGACGAGUAGACUAAACAUUCAUGUCUUUGCACUUUAGAAGCAUGAAGGAGAGUGCAGCAGACUUUGCUAUAUUGUUUACAGUACUCAUUUGUCCUAUCACUUUACUUCUUGGAGCCAUUCUGGUUUAUUUAAGGUAUGUCAUCAUUAUGGGAAUGUCUUGUACUGCAUUUCAGCAACACCAAAUGAAGUUUUGAGUUACAUUUUAUAAAGUUAAUUGCUCCCCCCCCCUUCUCCAUAACCUAGACCAUGUUUUACUUACCCGAAGACAGCUUUUAUUACAUUUCAGGGCUGUGUGAUUGGGGGUGAGAUGGAGCACAAGACAAGUGAUUACACAUUGCAGACUACUUUACCAUAUCCUCAGAGAUAAGUCAGGGUAUGUAUCAUAUGGUUGCAUGGAAGUGGGUAUUGCACCUUUCACAGAAUAAGUGUGUAUCGUUUCCUUAGUACUCCAGUUUCCUUCACUUUUAAGUAUGCAGUGCCUCAUCUGCUCUGUUUUUAAGCUAUGCACGUGCAGUAUCCCUUAGUUUACUGUAAGUAUAGCAUCUAAGUAAUGAUUAGCUUUUACCAGCAAAAAGACAAGCCUGUUAUAUAUUAUGCGUAUUCUUCUGGUAAGUUACUGUACACAAGCUUUCAGGACUAGAGGGAUCAUUAUGAAAGCAUAAAAUUGUUUGCAUUAAUAUUUUUAUCAGCAGAGUGUAAUGAAUCGAAUGAAAGGCAAGUGAGAUUAGCUUGUUACUCUUUUGUUUCUUAGUGUCUGCUCCCUUGUCACUGGCUUUAAUGUGUAUACAAAAGAAAGAGAUGCCAUUAGGCAAUAGUAAUGGCAUACUGUUGUCCAGGGCCUGUUAUCCUCUUGACAGUCUGCUGUGUUGUCUCACAGGGCAUAUUGAUCCCUGUACAUUUUGUUUCCAUGCCAUUCCUAGUGGCACUUUAUGAUGUAUUGUUAUGUUGUCAUGGAAGGUCUGCUUUACACUGUGUGGCAGCAUGUUGCACUGUCUUAUAGUGGCCAUUGAUGGAGAUUGGCUGUGUGCAGUACUUUUUGUAUAGGUCAGUGGUACAUGCAUUUGAAUGUGUUGCAUUAUCCACUUAGACUAAACAUUUCUUGCUGCCAGCUUUUGCUUUGUAAGGCACUGAAAUCUGAUGAGGCACUUUGAGGGGAUAGUGACAGUGGUUAGCACUGUGCUUUUCUGUUUCUGCACAUUUUAGGUAUCUUGACUAGCAUUGCACAGCGUUAUUCAACAGUACCUAUAAGACAUUAGGUGGUGUGUUGAACUGUCCUGUUACAGCACUAUGGUAUUUUCUUUAAACUUAAUGUGAACUAUGCAGCAGAUCUCGAUGACAGUAGACGGUGUUUCACUGUUUAUUAGCCAGUAUUGUACUGAGCUAUGCAGCAAGUACCAAUAAUAGUGUUAAAAUGUACUGCAGUGCCCUCCAUGAGUCCAUUGACAUUUGGUAAUUUGGAGAAUUGUCCAGUGACAGAGCAGCGAUGAUUUUUUAAUGUGCUACAUUAUCCACCAGAGUACUGCUGUGCUGAUUUGCUGUCUUGCUGAACAUCACUAGCUGCUCGUGUGCAGUUUUAUCUACAGUGGUCAGGCUUCAGUCUCUGGCAGAGUUGCAUAAUACAUUAAACUGCAGUGGUGCUGGCUACAUGCUGCAUUAUAUAGUAGGAUUCCCAUACCAUGACGGGUAGUGUCAUAUAAGGAUAACACUGAUGUGGUUUGCAUCUUGUCCCAUGACGUGCUGCCACUUGUUACGUGUUUCACCGUCUGUCUGAGCUCUUUUGAUGUGCACAUCAUUGUCCAGUAAAAGUACAGUGGCACUGACUGAUGGUGCUUUGUGCUGUCAUUCAGAGUAUAGAGCAUAGUGCUUAGUAAUGUUUAAGUCUUCCAGAACCCAGCAUCAGUGGCUGGUAAUGUGUUGGAUUAUCUGCCAUGAUGCAACUUCAUUGUCUUAUGAAGUUAGUGUCAGUCAUGGUCUGUACUACCUGUUAAUGCGUUACAAUGACCUAAAAAAUCAGUGUUGUUAUAUGCAAGUAUGUUAUAGUAUACAUAAGCUUCUGGUGGAAUGGGUUCAUAAUGUGCUGAAUUGUACAUGAUCCUAGUGAAAGACUACAGACCACGAGGCAGAAUUUCAAAGCCUGUGGCCUAGGUCAAACGAGCUUAAAAUUAGUAAAAUGCCAUACUGUUUUUGUCAAUACAAGGAAUAUUGAUAUGUUGGUGUUAUUCCCUGCACUUGGUUGUAAUAUUAAAUUAUUUGUUAUAGUAUCUGAACUAAUUUGAUCUUGUGGUCUGAUGUCUUAUAACCUAGUUCCCCAUUACCAUGCAUUACCUUAGGGACAGUAGCAGUAUUUUGCUUAUCCCACAGGGCUUAUGACACCUGGAUGGUAUUGUUAUCCUCCAAGGCCAUAAACUGCAUUGACACACUGCAAUGAUAGUAGCUGUCUGGCUGCUACAUUUUCCACAGACAUUUGCACUAAUUUACCACAUUCUGUAUUACCCAGUGACAGUUGCCCAUAGUGACUUUUAUCCUUUAAUAUUCUGUGAGAGUGGAUAGAAUAUUUUAAGUGAGUAAAAUAUCUGUCCAUAAUAGGAAGUGACAUUUUUAUAUUAUUUUAGUUUUGUAAUCAAUAAACUGUGUUUUGUGAUCAGUUGUGUGACUUACUGUUGUCUUGCAGCAGUAUAUUGCAUCCUGUGUGAACCAUUGAUUCUGGGCUAGGAUAUAUGCCAAUGAAUGUCAUUGCCAACUAGCUGCACACUUGUUCUUUAUUUUUCAUUGGUUGUGACUGACACUGUGUAGUAUCCCAUUUGUUUGAUGUCUUUGUAUGUACUUUUUUAAGUUGUAAGUUCUUAUGGCGUCCUCACAUAAUUGUACAGCAGAAUACUGCUGUGCCCUGGUGAGACUGGUUCUUCCUUCUUACAGUUUACAGUUUAUUAUGUUGCUGGUCCCAUUGACAUUGACUGACAUUCUUGUCCUUUUUCCUCAUUGUAGUCCCUGAUGUUAGCUGCCAGUGUUUUUGUAUUACUCUGUGCAACCUAAGACUAGAGUUCAGCAUGCUCCCACGGUAUUCUGAUGUGUUCUCUAGUGCCUGGUGACAUUACGCAUUAUUACAUAAUUUCCUCUUGCAGGUGCCAUUAAGUUCUGCCAGUAGUUUGUUGCAUGAUCCUUCAUAUUUUCAUUAUUUUUGUUGUUAUGCUGCAAUUAAAUUUGUGUUUUACUUGUGGCACACUGAUAUUUUUGUCCUGCAGGGAAUUGUUUGAAUGUGCAUGCCAGUUUUUAUUUCUUUUGGCUAAAUGGUACUGACAGUGAGUUGCAUUACUGCAAAACAUCAGGUUCCCCAGAUUGCACUCUGCUGUAUUGCAUAGCUGAGUACAACAAAUGAGAUUAUUACUUCAUUAGGUUGCCAAAUGCAAUCAGGUGGCAGUGCUUUGCAUUAUCUUGGCACACAGGCAUUGUACUGGUAACCGGGUUAGUGAUAUUACCCAGUAGAACAACUUGGUACUGUAUUGUGUUACUGUAUUAUCUACUGAUGCCAGUAAGAUAUGCAACAGUUUCCUACAGUUAAGUGAAAUUGGCCAUCUGGAUAAGCAUUGUGUUGGUGUGCUGCUGUUUGAAUAUUGAAUGACCAACAUCAUUUGUCAGUGUGCAUUGUCCUAAGCUAGUGCCACUGUGAUGCACUGUCUUCAAGUAAUAAUUCCAGAUAGGGAGUUCCCCAUAGUUCUGCCAUAGCGGUGUCAUCUGGUAGUGCAGGGAAUCGCCAUGCAGUAGUUUUGUGUUAAGGCAAAUUGCCCCAGGUGGAGGAAUAGUGUUUUCUCUUCCUUCAGUGCUUUCUUGUAUGUAAGGCUGGCAGCAAAGCAAUUGUUGGAGUGCUAGUGCACUUAUUUUUUUGAGGUGAAAGCACAUUUCUAUAUGUGCACAGAAACCAUUUCUGCAGUACUAGAAAUUUAAUUUCAGUGACAUUAUUAUUUAUCUAUACAUGUACCAUUAGGCUAGUUCCACUUUCAGUCACUGUUACAUUGCAGCUGAUGAUGAGGUCUUGGUAAAGCAAAGAUAAUUGCUCCAUUCCAGCAUAACAGGAAAUCUGAUAAGUUAUGGGCCUCUGACUUGAGUGCUUGGGUUUUCUUGACUUGCUCUCUCUUUGUUCAGAUGUCUUGUACUCCAGGAAGCUCGUAUGUCUCACUAAAAGCCAUAUGGGGCACAGUGUAUUGGACCUAGGGUGAAACUGUGACAAAAGUGUUAGUGUACAUGGAAGAAGGUAGUCAAUGGCACUUUCAUAGGCUGAAGUCAAGGACAUUUAUGAAUGACUUAAUGAAAGCAUUGAUGAUUUACUUUUCUUCAUAAUGCAACUCUUAGAAAUUGCAUAAGAAAUGUCAAAACUUUUGGGUAUAUAUUUGUAAAAAUAUUUAUUUUUUGGGCAAUGUGAACAAUUUUAUUUACUGUUAACUUUCAAAAUCUGAAUUGCUUUGGCAAAAUUAUUUGGAUAGCAUUGUACCUUAAAAGAUUUACAUUAACUCAUAUUGCAGCAAUUUUCUUCAAGCCAAAAUGCAAAAGAGAUGUCUUUUUUUUAUUUUUUCAAUGUGUAAUAAUUGCACUAUAAUGUGAUUUCACAUUUUCAGAUUGCAUUUUGCUAGCCUCUGCUAGAGUUAAUUUACAGAUCGCUUUACUCUAGGUGUUUCCAUGUGAAUGUAUGAAUGCUACAGUGACAAAUGACUGCCUGUAGUAGUCCAAUUACUGGAUAUUAAUUGAAGUUUUUCAGUUCUUGACCUUUUAAAGAACAUAAUGUACAUAUGCAUUGAUGAAUCAUUGCACGGCACAACAAAACUGAAUAAAGUGACAACCUUCAAGGAA